AUGAGAAAUGUAUAUGUCAGCGUUUUUGCGUAUGUCCUUGUCGUAGCAUUGGAUGUCAUAGCUGGAAUUCUCGGACAGAAGGCCGAGGCUGCUCAAGACAAGGCGAAGAAGAUGAAGCUCUUUCUAGUCGAGUGCAAACAGCCGAGCCACCUCGCUUACCAGCUUGGAUUCGCGGCUGCUGUGAUCCUUGGCGUGGCUCAUGUUCUUGUCAUUUUGAUGGGAGGCUGCAAUUUCCGACAUUCUUCCAAGCUGCCUGUAACGUGCCUUGUCUUAACAUGGAGUUUCUUGGCUGCGGGGAUGUCGUUGUUGGUGAUCGGGACAAAAUCGAACAACAAAUCGAAAGUAUCUUGUGGCCUCUCGCACGAUGAUUUUUUGGGCUAUGGAGGAUGUUUUUGUUUCUUCCAUGGUGGGAUGUCUCUGCUCUAUUAUGUCUCAUCCUAUGCUACUUCAUCUUAA